AUGAGCAGUAGUAGAACAGCAAAAGCCGAAUCCAAUAAAAAGUACGCAGCGCUUAUCCAACAGUUUCACACCCUCGAAAAGGACUGGAAUUCCUUCAAAAACAAUUCCAGGCCAAGAAUAAAUCAUCCCCAAAGUCCCAAAUCAGACCCCACCACCACCACAAGCGCCCUCACCUAUUCCCAUCACCUGUCUCCCCCAACAGGCCUAAUCAAGUCCCCUCCCGAACGCUCGUGGGCUGUCCGGGAAAUUCUCCGCGACAGAAGGGCCGCCUUCGCAAGCGGCAGGCUAAAGGGGAGAAAGCUCUUUGGAGACGAGCCAGAGAUUGAUUGGUCGGAAUUCGAUUGGAUGACGUGUACUUUUCCGGUGGAGAAAGUGGUUGUUGUGGAGGAGGAGAGGGUUGUGGGGAGGGGCAGGGGAGGUUACGUGGCAACCAUGGCGUGGUUUGCUUUUGUCUUGAUUUUGGUCACGGUUGGGCUUGUUAUGAUGGGCUGCAGUGGGAAAUUUGUUGGUGGGCCGAAGGAGUUUGGCUUAGGUCAGGAAGAGUUACCUUACCUAAACUCGUUCUUGACAAAGGUUGAAUCUGUUUUGAGAAAGUCCCUAACUACAAUU